CCAGCUAAGGCCAGCUGGUGCUGCCUUAACUGAACAAGCCAACUCUUGGCUUGUCGUCGUAACAGUUCCAAUUUGCCUCGGUUUCCUUCCAAAAUGUUUCUAGAUUUUGCAGUCUAGCCUAGGAGUUCCUAGGGGUCUCUCAUCCAAGUCCUCACCAGGUUUGACCUUGCUUGCUUUCCAAGUCCAGGCAAGAAGGGCCAUGUGCUGCCUCCUGCUGAGGCAAGGUUAGAAUGGCACCUUCCGUAGUCCCUGGGGGAUGAUGGUGGUUGUAGUCCAACACAUUAGAGAAAACCAGCCUCAAGAUUUAUGGAAGAGUUGAAGUGGAGGGGCUGGAGCCCUGCUUUGGGCCUAGAACAGGGUUUCUCCACCUUGGCAGCUUGAAGAUGUACGGACGUCAACUCCCAGAAUUCCCCAGCCAGCAUAGCUGGCUGGGGAAUUCUGGGAGUUGAAGUCCAUACGACUUCAAUUUGUUAAGGUGGAGAAACAGUGAUCUAGAAGGUUGAAAGAAUGGAAAACCCCAUAAUACUGCUGAGGCAUCUCAUGUAGAAAGCCAUUUCUCAUCUUUGACAGACAAGCACCAUGUUGGCUGACCUAAGUCAAUCCCCAUUUGUCAGCUUGGCCUACCUCACAUGAUUGUUAGGAAGACAAAAGCUAGGAUUGGAGAGUAUAAAGCAUCAGAUCCUUGUAGCUACAUGGAGAAAAAGCAAAAUGGAGUGUAGUAACCUCAAACACGAUAUCCUGUCCUUUAAUUAAACUAAAGCAUUUUUUUAAAAUUUACAAGCAUGGUCACAAAUGUGCUGCUUUCUGAAAAGGCACACACUUGCUGUGACAAGCGGUUAGAUCUGAGGCCUCCCACUUUACAGCCUGACGGAAACCCAUCUGUUUCAUUCCAGAUGAAGAUCCUCACUGCUUGCGCCCGUCAGCAUUUGGUCCUCCUGAGGCCCAGAUGUCUUCAAAUCAGCCUGGCUCUGCAGUUGGGGAAAGAAGACCACCAGGUGCUCCGUUCCUUUGGAAGUCCUGCGGUACUGCGACAGGGAGGUGGCCAGACGCCCAGUCUUCGCUUGGGGCAGCCCCGCUGGCUGGGUAGUGUAGCCUUUUCUCAGCGUGAUCCAGAGCAGCAAUCUAGCUCUGAAAGCUCAGAGCAAUUUACUUUGAUUUACCGAUUCUCUGGCAUCCGGUCCCUGAGAGUCUUCUCAAGGCUGAAGGUCCUACAGACUGGCAUCACUCUCGUGGUCCUCCCUCCGGUCUGGUAUCUCUACUGGCUGGACCAGGCUACUUUCGCUCAAGGUCUUUACGUCACAGUCGGGCUCUGCUUCUCCCUCGUCAUCCUGUACGCAGCCAGCUUCUUUCUGCAACGGAUCAUCGGCUUCAUGUACCUGAAUGAAAGUGGCACUCUGUUAAAAAUUUCGCACUUGACAUUUUGGGGGAAGAGGAGAAAUUUCUGCUGUCCGGUGGAAUCUGUAAUGAUCUCGGGAGACGUGGGCAAAGAGAGGAGCAGAUUUCUCCUGAAGUUCAGACAGUAUGACCGGAAAGGGGUCUUGUAUUUUUUACCUCAGCUGGGUCAGAUUGUGGAUCAGCAAGGUUUUGUCAAAGUAUUUGGGCAUUUUUCCUAAGAGAGAGAGAGAGAGAGAGAGAGAGAGAGAGAGAGAGUGUGUGUGAGAGAGAGAAGCCUUAAGAUCCAGAACAUUUGCAUAACCUUGUUAGCUGAAAUAUGAGGUUUCUCCAACUGUCUUUUGUAGCAGACAUUAUUUCUCAAAGAAAGAGAAGGAAAGAUUAAUUUUAAAAAGUACUUAGUUUUUGUGAAAGGCUUUUUAAAAAAAAAUCUCCUGGACAAGGUUGUUCUUUACCUUCUGUAGUCUCUCCUUCUCAAAAUAUAAUAUAAUAUAUAAAAUAAAGAACCUCCUUCCAGAGUGCAUCAAUGUGCUGCAGCGCACGUUUUGCAGGAUAAUUGAAAGAGACUAUGCAGGAAAGUGGGACAUCUUUUUUCUUUAAAGAAACUAUUAAAUUUUCUAUAUACAGAUAAAAUGCAGAAAGAGAAAGAUUAAAGAAAGCAUAAAGAAACAACAAAAACUAAACAGUGCAGAAAUAAAUAAAAAUACAGCAAAAAGAGUGACUUCCAACCCUCUCCAGCACAGAUACAAAUAAAAAAUACAUUAACAUCUUACUCUAAUUUUAACUAUAAUAAACAUGAUUUCUAUAA